GCUGCCGCCGCCGCCGCCGCCACCGCCGGGCGAGUGAGGCUGAGCGCCGCGGCGGCAGACGCGCUGGUGGGGCCUUGGGCACGCCAAGCCGGGGAAGGCGAGGCGGCGGCGAGCAGGGGGAAGGGAGCCAUCAAGCCAGCUGGGGCCAAGCCGGCGGGCCCCUCCCCUCCCGGAGGUCGCGGCCAGCUGCUGGGCUCAAGGAAGGAAGGAAGGCAGCGAGCGGAGCAGGCGAGGGGGAAGAGCCCAGUCGCCGCCGAGACAAAGAGCGGAGCCCGCCGGGAAGCGAGCGAAGAGGGGGAGACUCCGCUCCUCUCCCUCCCUUUCUCUUCCUGCUGCCAUUCUUCGUCCGCUCCCGCCCGGGCCCGGAGGGUCCCGCACCGGAGUCCGCCACUGACCGCCCCCCUCCCCCCCCAACCAGAAUCUUUUGCAAAUAUAACAUAUUGAAAAGUCCUAGCUUUCAGUGUUUGGAUCCUGAAUUGUGUGCCAAAGAGAGACUCCAUGAAAGAUGACAGAAGAAGUUAUUGUUAUAGCAAAGUGGGAUUACACUGCACAACAGGACCAAGAACUCGACAUAAAGAAGAAUGAACGCCUCUGGCUGCUAGAUGAUUCCAAAACGUGGUGGAGGGUAAGAAAUGCAGCCAACAAAACAGGAUACGUGCCAUCAAAUUAUGUCGAACGAAAGAACAGCUUGAAGAAGGGCUCUUUGGUUAAAAACCUGAAAGACACAUUGGGUUUGGGUAAAACAAAAAGGAAGACGAGUGCUCGAGAUGCUUCUCCAACUCCUAGCACUGAUGCAGAGUACCCAUCUAAUGGUAGCAGUGCUGAUCGGAUUUACGAUCUGAACAUCCCAGCCUAUGUUAAAUUUGCCUACAUGGCAGAGAGGGAGGAUGAAUUGUCCCUUGUGAAAGGAUCUCGAGUCAUUGUUAUGGAAAAAUGCAGUGAUGGCUGGUGGAGAGGGAGCUACAAUGGGCAGAUUGGCUGGUUUCCUUCAAACUAUGUAGUAGAAGAAGUUGAAGAAGCAACUGCCGAUUCACCGAGUUUUCUGAGUUUAAGGAAAGGAGCAUCCAUGAGUAAUGGGCAGACCAUGAAAGUGCUUCAUGUUGUUCAGACACUGUAUCCGUUUAGUUCCGUCACAGAAGAAGAGCUCAACUUUGAGAAAGGUGAAACCAUGGAAGUCAUAGAGAAACCUGAAAAUGACCCAGAAUGGUGGAAAUGUAAAAAUUCUCGAGGGCAAAUCGGUCUUGUUCCCAAAAACUAUGUAGUAAUAGUAAGUGAUGGUCCUACCCUUAAUGCUUCCCAUCCGCCUCAGAUAAGCUACACAGGGCCCUCUUCUACAGGACGGUUUGCUGGAAGAGAGUGGUAUUAUGGGAAUGUUACUCGGCAUCAGGCGGAAUGUGCUCUGAAUGAAAGGGGAGUGGAAGGGGACUUCCUUGUCAGAGACAGUGAAUCUUCGCCCAGUGACUUUUCAGUAUCUCUAAAGGCAUCAGGGAAGAACAAACAUUUCAAAGUGCAGUUGGUGGACAAUGUCUAUUGCAUUGGGCAGCGUCGAUUUAAUACUAUGGAUGAGUUGGUGGAACACUACAAAAAAGCUCCCAUCUUCACCAGUGAACAUGGGGAAAAGUUAUAUCUUGUCAAAGCACUUCAGUGACAUUGAAGAUGGACUAGGCCUGCCGGGCCUCUACUAACUUACAAGCCUUAGGUCCUACGUUCACUUUUAUAGAGCAGAGCAAUCUACACCAGUCUGAAACAGUCUUCAAAGAAUGACCUCUUUCUAAAGUAUUUGCUUGGUUGGUUAUAUUCUCUCUUCCAUUCCCCCACCCCCCCACCCCUUUUUUUCUGUUUGCCUUUUGAAACUUCGGUUGUUUCAUGUUCCCUCAGGUUGAAAAUUUCACCUAAGUGGCCAUUGCAAGCACUCAUUUUCCUCCCUGGUUUCUAAACUCCCUCCUCCGUAUACGUUUACAUAGUUAGCUCACACAAAUGAGGGGUGUUCUCAAUUCAAAGCAGUGUUAAAUUGUUCGGAUAGCUCACGCUGGCAGAACGCUAGCAGAACUCAUCAUUAAGAGACUUUGGGCACAGUUUGAAUGCACUGAACCUGCAGCUAAUUAAGUGAAAUAUAGUAGACAUUAACAGUUGUGGCUGUGAGUUCUGUAGCUAUUUUGCUUACCAAGUAGUAUAUUCCAGAAAUUCCUAGUUUCUAGAAGCACUCUUUACACUCUUUUUCUCAACUAUUACAUUGCC